AUAAAUUAUCUUGUUGCAGAAAGCUCAAUCGGAAGGAACAAAACAAAAAUUCGCUUCAUUUGAUACAAAACAGCCCGACAGAAUCGUCCAAAAAGAGCAGGAAAAAUCACCAGUACUCGUCCGCGCAGCUAGAAAGAUUCCGGCCAUCUCAACCGAUGGUAAUGCUACUGAUGACCUUUCAGAUGUACAAUCAGAGGCCGAGACAGACGUAAGUAUUUUUACAGAUGGAUAUAGCAGUAACUUGUCACCACAGGAUUCAGGUUUGUCUGAAGAUCCUGUUUCGGAUGGGGAUUGUUCAAGCACAGUGGCUGGUCAAGACCCGAUUGAAUAUAUGACAGAAGUUUACAUGCCGUACAUAAAAUAUCAGAUAAAAGUCAUCGACAUUAUCGAUGGGCUUCAUUUCUUAAAUAAACGAGAUGUUGAAGUAAUUCUCAGUAUACAUAAUUUCUGUGCUUCCGAUGCGUUUGAGCUACUUAUUAAUUCAAUUAAAAAGAGUGACUCGAGGGGGAAAUGGCAAGCUUUUAUUGAUGCACUCGAAGAUUAUGAACACAUAAAACUCCUACUUGAAAAUAAAACUGAGCUUCACCAUCAACAAAACAGCGAGCUUUUAAAACUAGUUGCACCAAACCUAGAAAAAAGAAUGAAACUUCCUGAAUUUCUCGACACUGCAUAUGAAAAGGAGUUGUUGACAGAAGAAGACAGAACAAAAGUAGAGGCAAAAUUAAAGAACUAUGGUGAACAUGCGGCAGCUAGAGUCAUUAUAGAAAACAUUGAUAAACACAAAAGGAACUGGAAUACAGUACUAAUUGAAAUCCUUCAGCAACACCAGUUCUGUUUGUCGGAUAUUGCAGACUUGUUCAAAAUGAUCGAGCAAAAGGAGCCAGACGUGACUACAGAAGGUGCAACAGUACUUUAUAAACGGACAAAAAGCAAGGAGGAAAUGGAAUGGCGUCUUCAACAUUUACGGGACAAACGUUCUGAUUUCUAUCCCGAUGGUGAGAAACAAGAGCGCAAAAGGACAAUGUCUCACGAACAGUCCUCAAGUAGACAAAAAACUCAGCCUCAGGCUCAGGUGAUUCAAGCUGACUGGAAUAAUGAAGUAACUCGACAGGAUAUCCUCAGUCUAACAUUAGAAAUACGAAAACUACGAAAGCUUUUGAAAAGAGAUACGCUAAUUAAACCCGGGGUAGACAAAUAGAAAACAAAGUUUGGGUUUAUUCGUUAUUAUGUACAAACCUUAAACAUGUUAAAGCCGCAAGUAAAUAUACAUUAUGUAUGAUAGUGUUAAGAGUGUUCUGUGCUUCUUGGAAAUCUACCCUUACAUUUUAUCUUUUAGGUAUGUUUCUGAAACGUAUUAAUCUGUGGAAACCUUAUAUGUGUAUAUUAGUCAGAUUUAAUAGUACAGACGAGUCAAUUUUGGAUUCUGAGAAAAGAUGGGAUUUUUUCCUGGAGUUGUUAAUAUGGUGUUACAAAAGCCACUAACAUUGUAACGGAACCGAGUAUCAUAUUUCUUAACUACCUGGGCCUAGAUUUAAUUUAUGUUUUGAAUAUUAUAUACUUUAAAUCGAUAGACAGUUACAGUUAUGUUACCUACCCGGGCUUGGAUUUAAUAACACAUUACUACCUAAACUAUAUAAGAAAAGAAUAGAAAAUAUUUUUUAAGGACGCUCGCUACAGUUUCGUAUUUUUUUUCUCAAUAAUAGAUUUUGAUGAAAUGUUUUGUAUUAAAAGAUCAUUUUAUGAUGUAUUGAAAUACGAAAUAAAAAUACUAGGUCA